GCAUGCCUUGGCCGUCCAUGAUCGCGAACACUCGGCAGUCGCCCAUAUUCCAGCUCUACAACCCUCCCAGCAACCAACGUCCAUCUUGAAUUACGUCACGCGAGAUGGAUACCCCUACGUGCCCCCCGCCGCGGGACGACCGCGAGAAGGAGAUUCUCGACAAGCUAGUCGCGAUCCGCGACAGACUUCUGCUCUUGAAGCAGGAUCGCACGACCUAUAUUCGAAGCCAGGAUGUUCUCCCGCUGUACGAGGAGACGAUCGAGCAGGUUCGCCUGCUCAACGAGGCCCGGACGUCUGACCGAAGGGAGGAGAACAGAGUGGACAGAGUCUUGGAGAGCUGUUUCCAACUACUUUCGCUCUUCUUCAUGACCAUCGGACGAAACAACGAAGCCCCAGCCGCCUAUGCCCUGACCUCUACCAUUCGGAGAUUGUUGGACCACCUCACCGAAGUCGACUUAUACUCCGUUAAGGACUUGGAAAGCAUCUCACACACCCUGACGAAGCUCGCGCAAAAUGUCAAGGCCACCGAGACCGAGUAUCCCCCAUACCUCAUCACCCUGCUUUCCAACAGAUUGGAGCUCUGUGACAAGUCUCUGGCGAACCUCCGAAAGCGAUUGGAGCGUUUUGAAGACCCCCUGCCGAAGACUUAUGAGAAACUGAUCUCUAUCCUGAGAUCCAUGUCCCUGGCAAACACCCGAACAAAGUUCUCGCCAUCGGAAGUCCAGAAGCUUCAAGCCCAAUUGAGAGAGAUCGAGGAGAAGAGACAGGAGGGCAAGCUGUUGACCUCGGACGGAAAGACACCGGGCGGGUUCGACGAGGUCACUGCUUUGCUGGAGAAAUGCCUGUUGUGGUCUGAUUUCGUUCUUCAGAGGAAAGGAGUGAUCCCCGACUCUUUCAAGCCAACGUACGACAUCUUGUUCCGCAUUCGCAACGAGCUGGAGAAACUCUCAAUCACGCAAGCAUGGUCCCUCCGUGAGGCGGAUCUCUUUGACUUCCAGAGACAAUUGGACAAGAUCGACGAGAGCAGAAUCGAUGGCAACUGGGUGGAUGAUGAGGGCAAGUCUGCAGAGCUCUACGCUCAGCGUACGAUGCUCUAUCUUAUCAGAAGAAGCUACGCCUACAUCUACUCGUUGAUGAUCUCGUCAGAGCCCGUUUCAGAAGCCUUGUUGCCAAUCUACAAUCAGCUCCAAACGCUCAAGCGGUGUCUCAUCGAGGUCAAGAACAGCGGCGGUGUGCAAUCUGCGAGAGAGCUGUACCCUUACAGCAUGAAGCUUCACUCGAUUGACAACAUGCGCCAAGAUGGCAAAUUCAUGAUCAACGACGAUAUCCCGGAAGGCCAGGGCAGCGUCACUGAGCUUCUUGCUGAAUGUUUCGAGCUCAACUACGAGCUCAGAGUUGCUGCUGAAGAGCAGGCCGAGGCUUGAUGAUGAUGUGGAAGGGACUUGUUUUGUUUGGCUGGCGUAAACGGACUAGCGAUUUGUAUCAUGUCGGUCUUUUGUGUGUUUUCUCUUCUGGCCAGUGAAACUGUGAUGGACACAGUUUAAUGGGAAUGGUUAAACGGGACGAGGCAAACUCAAGUGUACUCAAUUAUGGACCAAUGACAUGAUUUCUUUCGACGUUUUGGGAACCUGAGCUCGGAGCUCCCUUUCUGCCAGAGAUCGGAUGGCACCUCAGCUAACGACAGUGCUCCCGACUCACGGGGGUUUGAUGGUACAUCGGACCUUGUAGCCUAUUCUGCUCACAAGCAUACCGCCUCGUGGCAUGGCUGAAGCUUGACGUAUAGGUUACAUUAAGAUUC